UGAUGAAAAAGCUUAAAGUUUUCGAAAAGUCACAUUAAACUUGUAAAGUAACGUAGUGUAGUAAUGUAAAUUAUAAAAUAGAAUUAGAAUUUUCCUGUCCAUUUAAAUCAAAUAAAAAAGAAUCAAAGCAGAAGAAAUACUGAAGACUAUACGUUGUUGUUCAACGUAUUACAGUAUGCUUCCUGUUUAAUAACCCAACCUAAAGAAAACCUUGUUACGUGUAUAAUUUAUAUAAUUUUGAAACUUAUGUCCCAUAUGCCAACUCGACCAGCACCUCAACCUCCUGUAUCUCGAAUUACUCGUAAUGGAUCUGUUCCAUCAUUCAAAUCAUAUGAUACCAACAACAAUAAUAAUCAGGAACAUAAGCAUCAAUUAAAGAGUCAUAACAAGAACCUUACCCAACCUCAUGGAAUACAGCCUUUAAGUCAACCCACAAUUAUAAGACCAAAAGGAAAAGCUGGUCAUCUGAAGAAAAAACCUCCUCCUCGACCACCACUGCCAAAGUCUACCACCAGCUCUAGUACAUUUAAUACAAAUAAUUUGAAACCAGUUCCAUCACAGAAAAGUGGAUUUUUUUCUGACUUGGAAACAAUAUUUGGGGAAGGAAAGGAGAGCACAAAAUAUUCUACAAAAUCACAUCUGUCAAAUGUACAAAAUAGAAAAGUUCCUUUUCAUCCAGCCAAACCAGUAAUCCGUCACUCGAGUAAAAGGCCUGCCCCUAUUCCUCUUUCAGCAAAAACUACUACUGGUGAUGUCUUUAAUUCCAGCACAUCCGCUACUGCUCCAAGUGAACCUCUCCUUAUUGAUUUUGAUGCUACUCCAAGCUCGCUUACUCCUUCUUCUGUUUCUUUCUGUAGUUCAAGCAUGAGCCAAAAGUCACAACAAUUUGAUGUUAUUAAGCAAAAGCAAAAUAAAAGUGAAGAAAAUUUGUUAAGUAUAGAUGAUAUCUUCAGUCUUAAUGAUCAUGUUCAGUUUCAAGAGAGUAACCUACACUUUAGUGGAUCAGCUAAGUCAGAUAAUUUUCUUACUUCAAAUAACUGUUUUGGUCCAGACAAAUUUAAUUAUUUCCAAAAUGUCAGUGAUGAGUCCACGAAAUCAACUGGAUGGAUGGUAAUUCAGGAUAAGACAUCUUCAAGGCAUAGCGGAAGUACAUGCACUGAACUAAUUCAGGAUAAGCCAUCGUCAAGGCAUAGCAGAAGUACAUGUACUGAACUUGUAAAUUGUUUUUCUCAAUCAGUUAUUCCUGAGACUGCAACAAGUGAACUUAAGGUUCCAGUAUGUUAUAAUAGCUCAUGUCAAUCUACUUGGCUAGCUCAUCAGGUGACUUCUACCUACACCACUACUGCUUCUAACAUACUUGCAAAUGUGAAUGCUCAAGAAGAAAGGUCCUUGUUUAGUAAUUUCCAUUCAGCAGAUAAACCUAGUGAUAUAGAAAUACCAUCUCAGAAGAUGUUUUCUCCUCCAGAACCUCAUUUCCCGCCUCCAGCUCUACCACAUGUUGCUGAUCUGGAUGUGGAAGCUUUACCUAUUGCUAUGGCUAUCAAGGACUAUCACCCAUUAAGUCAUGGUGAAUUGAAUUUGCAGAUAGGUGAUCUAGUAACUUUGAUAAAAGAGGAAGAGGACUGGUUCUACGGAAAAUGUGGAGAAGAUAAAGGAAAGGUUCCUAAGAGUCAUGUUGAAGUUAUCAAUCCCUUGCCAUCACAAGAGUCUAACAGUGUAGCUUCUUCAAACAAAGAGAAAAAGUGUCUGGCUGUUUACAAUUUUGAAGCUGAAAAUUCGGAUGAACUGUCGUUUAAGGAAGGAGACAUAAUUACACUUUGUGGAAUUAUAAAUGCAGAUUGGUGGAUGGGUUCACUAAACAAUCAGAAGGGUAUUUUUCCAUCAUCAUUUGUAGAGAUGAAAGAGGAUGAAAUUCUCAAUAGUGAAGAAACUCAAGAAAAGAAAGCAUCAACUGUUUGUAUGGUGGUUGCAUUAUAUGACUUUCCUGGAGAACAGAAGGAUGAUCUAGUUUUUAAAGAAGGUGAUAGGAUCAAUGUUAUAGCUCGCAUCAACAAAGACUGGUUGUAUGGUGAAUGCUGUGGCCAGAAAGGAUACUUUCCAGCAGCUUUUGUCCAUAAGCCUACAGAAGAGACAGAAAAUCAAGCCACAUCAACAUGGUAUGUUGCAAAGUAUCCGUUUCAAGGUGAAAACAGUGACGAACUGACAUUUAGUGAGGGAGAAAGAAUUAUUCUUACCAGAAUAAUCAAUUCUAAUUGGUGGCAGGGAAAACUAGUCCAAGAUCCAGCAGGGAAGGAAGGAAAAUUCCCUUCUAUGUUUGUAGAAAAAUUAGCAUAAUAUUCAGGUUGGCCCAUUAUUGACAGCGUUUGAAGAGAGGUGCGCUAGAUGUUAACAUAAGAUCAACAUUUACAAUGUUUUAGUCGUAAUGUGUUGUUGAUAAUGUUAAGUCACAAAACAGUAUUGGUUAGUUAAACAUAGAAAAUGAUAUAUUCGUAGCUUUGAGAACCAGUUAAAUAUGGUUUUUGUCUUGUAUGCAGUGCAUAUUUUUACAGAUAUAUUUAGUACAGACAUUUACAUAAUGUACAAAAGAACUAGUGAUAUGUUUUAUGUAAAUUAGUUAUUGAAUUGGAUGCAUUAUGUUAUGUGAAGAGGUACAUAGUGAACAUGUCUACACAUUCUGUUGGUACUCUGCUUUCAAAAUACUUAAUUGUAACAUUAUAUUGUAGAACACUGAUCUGUAUACAUUUGGCAAUACGUAAGUAAAUUUAAAAAAAAACUCAAUUAUGAUUAAGUUUGUUACAUGGAGUUGGACUGGUUUUAGUUAACACACUGCUUUCAGGUUUAAAGAAAAGUACAUUUUUUUAAUGACAUAUUAGUGA